UGCACAAUCUACGAACUCAAUUUAAAGUGGAGCACGCCAAAGUAAAAUCAACGAAAAGCAGUGGCGCUGGGAUGAACGACAUAUACAAACCAUGUUUAUGGUAUUACGAGAAGUUAAUGUUUUUGGCAGAUCAUUGCUUGCCAGGAAAGAGCACAGCCAUAGGCCUGACUCAACAUUCCAUGACUGAGGACAAUGAAAGUGAAGAGACAUGCAGUAUCUGUUCUCAAAGUGUGGAUAUACAACCAUCACCACAUCAAAACAUCGAAGGCUGUUAUAGUCUUGAUGUGGAUGUGCUGAACGAUGUAUGCAUUGGGGAACAAUGUGAAGAAGAAGAAAUCAAGAGCAAUGAAAUCAGAAUGCAGUUAAUAAGAGAUCUUGUUAAUGUAACAACAGAAACAAAACUGAAAGAUCUACAGAUACAAAUGCAGAUCUCGAGUUAA